UUAAAUCUGCCAAAAAUGUAUGAGUCGAUUGAGCGGGACUCUCAGGAAGAUUUGUUGGAGUCGUGUGACGAGUGUUUAUUGCGAAGAUCAAACGCUAUUAGGAGAAGAGGGAGGCGGGUGAUAGUUUCAAAGGGAUCGUCGAUUCAAAGGGCGAGAAAAGCAAGGGAAGAGUUGGAAAAGUGUUUUGAGAAGUGUGCCUCCCCUGCGAAUUCUCAUAAAGAAAGGAGAGGAGUUAUUUGCAUAUAUGGUUUGAAGAGAAUCCGGAUUUGGAAGAUGAAGCAGAUUAGGAGAAAAGUAAAUUUGGGGGUGGACAUGGUGAAAGGGUCCAGAUUAUCGGUGUUGAUGCCUUGGAGUCCUCAAAGGAAAUCAAAGACUAAUUCAAAAGAAUCUUUUCAAGAUGGGGUUGCUACAGUUCCUAUUAAUCCGCGAAUUCAAGAAGUUGAUAAUGGAUUCUUCGAAAAAUUCGGUUCCCUUUUCCGCGAUACAGCGGAAAUGGCCCAGAAUAGGGAACAGGUGGAAAAGGAACAAGUUGCAGAAGCUGCGGCACAGAUAGCACCAAAAGAAGAAGAUGAAGAAGAAGAACCUGAGACUCCACCACAAAGCGCGUCUGAAAGUGAAGCAACUUCUUCAGACUACGGAUCGUCCUCUGAGUUAGAUAAGGAAUAUGAUGCGGAUUUUAUUGCUGCUGCAUUUAAUAUUGACGAACUUUACUCAGAAAUCCUAUACGUUAUCCUACACAACGUAGGAUGCGAUGUCAACUUCGAAGUGGGUCAAACUGCCUUAUUCUCCUACGCGCAAGAAGCUUUCAAAAUUUCAAGUCCUAAACAUCGAGAACUGUUGGAGCUCGCCGAGAAAAAAGACGAUCCGGAACUGUUAAUUAACGUCGAAGUGAUCAAAGCCAAAGAACUGAGACCGAAAGACUCUAAUGGGUCGAGUGACCCCUUUGUGACGCUAUACCUGGCUUCAAAUACGAGCCAUCGAUAUAAUACGUCGGUGAAAACUAUGACGUUGAAUCCGGUAUGGGAAGAACAUUUUGCUUUACCAAUCGUUGAUAAUAACAUCAACGACACCCUUUGCCUGGAAGUGUGGGACUUCGAUGCUGCCGAAACGGUGAAAGAAAAAUUUGGCAAAAUAUUAGACGUCAAGGGAGUGAAAGGAAUGCGAAAACUGAUCAAAGAAAUAGCUGUGACCGCGACCACUGGCCAACACGAGAAUGAGUUUAUUGGAAGCGCUAAGAUUCCUUUGAGUACUAUUCCUGCUUCUGGUAUGACCAUGUGGUACACUUUAGAUAAAAAGAAUAAGACCACCAGACAAGGGGUACUCAAAGUACGUAUCUGCUUUAGUUCAGGGAAAAAUAAUCAAGUGGCCAUGCAGGAACAUCGGCACAUGAGAAGGAUAGUUUUGCUGCACGAAUUAGAGUUAUCCAAAGUGGCACCUUAUUGGUGGUGUGGAAACUUUAGUCCAGCAGGUGAACAAUUACUGACUCAACAUGUAGCUCAGUCCGGUCUAACGCAAACUCAAGUGGCACUAUGUUCGUAUUCAGUAUAUGCGGGAGUGCAUCAAUCGCACCCUUUAAGCUUUAAUUUAUUCUCGAAAUUACUGGAUAAACUCAUGAAACCAUUGCAAACUGAGGUUAUACCAGAAGACGAUAUGAAGCUAUUCUGGGAAGCGACGAAAAAGCUUCUGCCGUCAUGCUUCAGCGUUAUAAAAAAGAUUCGAAAGAAAACCGUUAACGAAAAAAAUGUUAUGAAGCAGGUACUAGAAGUUCUCAAAAUCCUUAACUAUAUUUCCAGUUUGGAACCCAGGGAUAUUGAUUUGUUUCCUAGAAUUUUAUAUCCUUGGAUAAAGUUCCAGGAUGAAGGUCCGUACUGGGACAUACAACAAGUUCUCAAAGAUGCGGUGUCGAAAGGGGCAGAUGAUUGGUUAACUUAUAUCAUUGAAAAUAACAAAGAUACAGGGGGAACUGCUUUAUCGAAGCUACAAAAUUUAUUGCAGAUGAUCCAGUUGAUACGUAGUGAUCUGCAAAAGGCGAUUGAGUUCUAUGAUAAGUUGUUUAUAGAGCAUAUGAACUUCCAAUACGCCAAAUGCCUCUAUAACUUUUUCCAAGCGCAAAUCUCGGGCAUUUGCGAGCCGGACGUCCGAAUAAUUUGCAAAAACUUAAAAACUCUAAAUUAUUCCGGAUACAAUUUCGGAAAUGGCCCUACAAACUCCGACCCCACUGUAGACCCGCUAGCUGAAGGAACUUCUCUGUUUGAACUUUACUUGGCCAUCCAGAGGUUCGUCAAAUUAGGCGAAGGCAUUUGUCCUUUAGAUUUUAAUGGGUUUUACAUUAAAAACUUCCAUAAAUGGUUCCAUGAAGGGGUGGCUCAGUGGUUGGAUAUUGCAGUAUAUAAAGCACUUCAGAGGAUAGAAAAAGCUGUUGAACUGGACCAGCUCGUACCCAUUGACAGUUCAGUAAAAUAUAGUUCUUCUGCCGUUGAUACUUUGACGAUAUUUUAUCAAGUCAACACGUUUUGGCAACAAUUAAACUGGCCUGAUGUCGAAAGUUGUUACUCGUUUAUUGCUAAAAUUAUUGAUGACAUCUGUCGCUGUUGCAUAUUCUACGCCCAAAAAAUGUCUCAAAAAGUGGACGGUAUGGGGGUGGUAGAAAACGUGUACGAAACAAGAUUCGAAGUAACCAACGAGUGGUGCUUAGCCAUAAACAACAUAGACUACGUAAGAGAGACUUUGGAACCGUUUACCAAUGACUUGGGUAUGGAAAAGGUUCUGAAACAAAUACUCGAAUUAAAAAGCCCCAUUGAUGCCCAAAGGUGUCGUGACACUUUGAAAAUCGUUAUUUCAAACGCGGUUGAUACCGUCAGGAAUGAAAUUGUUGAGCUGUUACAAACCGUUGUUGAAAAAAUGACUCCAUCAAUGAAGCGAUUGUUGAUUGAAGGUGCUGAAUUGUUUGAUCAAGAUAGUAACAGUAUCGACCGGUUAAUGUUAUAUGUAGAUCAGAACUUGGCUACAUUAAACAGUCAGUUAAAUGAAGAGAAUUUUAAUAGGACUUUGGAACUUAUUUGGGAAAUGCUUAGUAAAAUUUUGAAUGAGAUUAUUCAAAACAGUAUUGAGAAUCGACGACCUCCUUCAUUCUUCGCCAACCUCAAAAAAACACUAAAAACAAUGGUGGGAGCCUACAGCGCCCCCUCAGACUGUGACAAUUGUGAUGCCCUUAUGCGAACUGAAAAAAUAUUAACAAUACACGGACUGGAAACUGCUGAUCUCAUCCACGAAGUUAAUCUAGAACUUGCUGACAAAUAUGACGAGCUUCGCGAGUCGCCUUAUGGCGAAAUAUCAUUUAGGUGUAAGUUUCAAGGCGACUCCUUGAUAAUUGAGGUGAUAAACGCUAGGGAUCUGGCUUCUAUGGAUUCUGGCGGUACCAGUGAUUCGUUCGUCCGGAUACAUCUCUUGCCAGAACACAAAUUUAACGGAGUUGAAAAGCCCAAAACGAAGACGCACAAUAAAACUCUUUUUCCUCUUUAUGAUGAAACAUUCACGAUAAAUUUAACGCCAGAACAAAGAGAAUUGGAAAAUGGCCUAAUACUAUUCAGUAUAAAAGACAAGGAUAUGUUAGGUUACAAUAAUCAAUAUAUUGGAGAGGCGUAUAUUAGAUUUAAAGAUAUUCCCAGUACUGACGAUCCUUUAAGUGAAUUGCCCCAAGUGAAAAAGUUGCUGGGAAGGCCAAAAUCUUUAGAUACAGAUGCCAUUAAAGGACUGGAAACUAGACAGGGUGACAAACAAGCCAAAGAAUUCCUCAAGAAAUUUAAGCAGAAAGUGUCCGCAUAGCAUAGAUUCCUACAUGUACUUACCAGACUGUUUAAACGAUAGAAUAAAAUAUUUUCGUUAUGCCUUAUUAAAUGUUUAAUUGUACAUGUUAUUUGUGUUUAUUUUUGUACUUAAUAAUAAAUAUUUAUUCUUA